CGGUAUACCCUACAGGAACUCGUCCGUGCACCACGAAAGCUUUUUUUUUUCCCCUUUUUGACAUCUCCUUCUCCAUUUCCCAAGAUCAAGAACAGGCAAAUCGUUGGUUCGGGUGGAGUGCACACAAGGAUCAAGAGGAGAGGAGGGAAGAGGACAACCACCAUAUCUGCAUUUGUUUUUCUUUGGAUUCCCUGGGUUUGCAUGGUAUCUUGUCAGAAGGGCACAGGCUUUUGUGUUCUUGCUGUUGCCCUUGUCUCCUCUCCUCUCCAGGUCCAGGCAGAGAGAGAGAGAUUGUGCGAGGAAGAGAGAGAGAGAGAGAGGGGAGGGAGUCAAUGCCACCGCCGCCAUUGACGCCCCCGUGCUCCUCCUGCAUCUCCAUCCCCUUCUUGCUGCUGCUGGUGGUGGUGCUGUGCUGCCCCUUGCCGGCAAAUGGAAGGACUCACCGGCCGCCGCCGGCGGCGGCGGCGCCGGCUUCACCUUCUCCGGGGCCUUCACCGGCACCGACGACGGCGCCGGUUGUCCCCCCCGCUCCGGCUGCGGCUCCGGCUACCAGCAGCGGCAGAGUCGUCGCCUCAAACAGCAGCCUCGCCGUGACUCCUGCAGCCGCCGCCGCGGCGCCUUCUCCUCCCCUGGGUGCAGUGGCGGCAGUGGAGAAGAGGCAACACCAUCGUUUCCGCAAGGAGCUUAUCAUUGCCGUCGCCCUCGCCUCCAUUGCCGGCUUGACGAUCGUCGCCACCGUAUUGUACGCCUGCAUUCUGUGCCGGCAUUCUCGCCGAGCCCAUGAUUCCAAGGACAUCCGCAGCAGCUCAGAUACUGCAAGGGUUGCAUUGGUGCCAAUGCUGACCAAGUUCAACUCAAUGAAGACUAACAAGAAAGGACUUGUCGCGAUGAUGGAGUAUAAUUCACUGGAGGCGGCGACCGGCAAGUUCAGUGAGAGCAACUUGCUUGGAGCUGGUGGGUUUGGGUGUGUGUACAAGGCCAGUUUUGAAGGAGGACUUGUUGCUGCUGUUAAGAGAUUUGGCCGCGGGGGACAGGAGUGCGGGAAGGAAUUUGAGAAUGAGCUGGAUUUACUUGGGAGUAUUCGGCAUCUGAAUAUAGUGUCCCUUUUGGGCUUCUGUAUUCAUGAAGAGAACCGUUUCAUUGUUUAUGAGCUGAUGGAGAAUGGAUCACUGGAAGCACAACUUCAUGGACCAUCACAUGGGUCGGCCCUAAGCUGGUACAUUCGGAUGAAGAUUGCUCUUGACACAGCAAGGGGAUUAGAAUAUCUUCAUGAACACUGCAAUCCACCAGUUAUCCAUAGGGAUCUGAAGUCGUCUAACAUACUUUUAGAUUCAGAUUUCAAUGCUAAGAUUUCGGAUUUCGGCCUUGCAGUGACCAGUGGGAAUCACAACAAAGGGAAUCUGAAGCUUUCUGGGACUUUGGGCUAUGUAGCUCCUGAGUACUUAUUAGAUGGGAAGUUGACCGAGAAGAGUGAUGUAUAUGCAUUUGGAGUAGUACUUCUUGAACUUCUGUUGGGGAGGCGGCCCGUUGAGAAGACGGCACAAUCUCAGUGCCAGUCAAUUGUUACAUGGGCAAUGCCUCAACUAACUGACAGAUCAAAGCUCCCUAAUAUAAUUGACCCCAUGAUCAAGAACACAAUGGAUCUGAAACACUUGUACCAAGUUGCUGCAGUGGCUGUACUCUGUGUGCAGCCAGAACCAAGUUACAGGCCACUAAUCACAGAUGUGCUCCACUCCCUGAUCCCCUUAGUCCCCAUGGAGCUUGGAGGGACACUGAGGGUUUCCCCAGAAUCGCCUUGCGCAACUCGCAAGCAUUCUCCUUGUUGAGAAAAGAAAAGGAAAUGCAUAUGAUUGGAAUGUGGUGAUCCAGUGAGUCCAGAUCGUCCAAUUUGGUUCAGAUAACUUAUGGUGUUGAGUGCAGGCUAUUGUUCCUUGCUUGAACUGCCUUCCUUGGUGUUUGCCUGAUGUUGAGUGUGCCCAACCCAACCUAGUGACCUUCAACUUGAUUCAGUUGAUAGAUUUUCUGGGUUUGUGUAGGCUGUACAAAGAAGCAAGUAAACACUGUUUGUCCCCCUUCCCCCACAUUGGAUCUGAUAACUGCUGUAAAUAUGAAAGAUUUUCACACUGUAACUCAAUAGCAUCGAAGAAAAUCUUUGGCCGUGCUCAAUGUGCCACAUUGUGUCUUAUACUCA